AUGGCACUAAGUGGUUGGCAUUGCUGGAUCAUCUUCAUCGUUCUUCUAGCAUCUUUAUUUCAUACCUCUUCUGCUGCUUCUGACUCUGAAUUGCUCCUCAAAGUCAAAGAUAACUUGGAAAACUACGGUUCCUACUUGGACUCAUGGAACUCUUCCACUCCUCCUUGCAACGUUGGCCAUGCCAACUGGCGUGGCAUUCUUUGCUACGAAGGAAAAGUGUGGGGUGUGAAGCUUGAGAACAUUGGGCUCGCAGGCUUCAUCGACAUAGAAUCUCUUAAGGGCUUGCCUUACCUUAGAACCAUGAGUUUCAUGAACAAUAAUUUGGAGGGUUCGUGGCCAGAAAUUCACCAUUUGGUUGGUCUCAAAUCUGUUUACCUUUCGAAUAACAAGUUUUCUGGGGAGAUACCUUAUAGAACCUUUGCGGGGUUGCAGUGGUUGAAGAAAGUUCAUCUGUCGAACAACCAUUUCUCGGGUUCUAUUCCAACUUCUCUGACGCUGUUGCCGAGGCUCAUAGAACUGAGGUUGGAGGGGAACGAGUUCACUGGCCCCAUUCCCCAUUUUCAUCACCUGAACAGAUUGAGAUCGUUUAGUGUUGCUAAUAAUCAGUUGCAGGGUCAGAUUCCUACCACCGUUAGUAGAAUGCCCAUUUCUGCCUUUGCCGGUAAUGAAAGGUUAUGUGGAGCCCCAUUGGAAUCAUGCACCGUGAAGCCCUCAACUGCGAGCAUGAUUGUGGCACUGGUGGUGGUUUGCCUGGCAGUGCUUGUAAUUGGAAGUGUAGUGUUGAUCCUUCACAGAAGAAAGAACCGAGGGUGUGUAACGGGCGCGGACAAUCCACCCAGUUCCCUUGGAAAAGGGCGUGGGAGGGAAAUGUAUGAUGAUAACCGCUCGUCCUUCAGGUCAACGACCUCCUCACACAGCAGAAGAGGUGACCCAAUGAGACUCUCUUUUCUGAGAGGUGACAUAGAUCAGUUUGACCUGCAGGAGUUGCUGAGAGCCUCUGCUGAGAUUUUGGGGAGUGGCUGCUUCAGCUCUUCAUACAAGGCUGCUUUGUUGAAUGGACCAAUUAUUGUGGUGAAGAGGUUCAAGCAGAUGAACAAUGUGGGGAAGGAAGAGUUCCAAGAGCACAUGAGAAGGUUAGGGAGGUUGAGUCAUCCUAACUUGCUUCCUCCUGUGGCUUACUAUUACAGAAAGGAGGAGAAGCUCUUGGUCACUGACUAUGUUCAAAAUGGCAGUCUCGCUGUUCGUCUUCAUGGGCACCAAUCCCUGGGAGAACCAAGCCUUGAGUGGCCAAUCCGGUUGAAGAUUGUGAAGGGCAUAGCAAAAGGUCUUGAAUAUCUGUACAGGGACAUGGCAAGCCUAAUUGCCCCACAUGGAAAUCUCAAGUCAUCUAAUGUUCUCUUGACUGAAUCUUUUGAGCCUCUCCUCACAGACUAUGGCCUAGUUCCAGUGACAAACCAAGAAAUGGCUCAGGACAUAAUGGUGAUAUACAAGUCUCCUGAGUAUUUGCAACAAGGAAGGAUUACAAAGAAGACUGAUGUGUGGUGCCUUGGAAUACUAAUUCUGGAGAUCCUAACUGGGAAGUUCCCUGCAAACUUUUUGCAAAAGGGUAAAGGGAGUGAGGUGAGUUUGGCAAGUUGGGUAGAGUCAGUUGUGCCAGAAGAGUGGACCAAUGCUGUGUUUGAUCAGGAUAUGGGGGCAACAAAGAACAGUGAAGGAGAAAUGGGAAAGCUUUUGAAGAUUGCCUUGAAUUGUUGUGAAGGGGAUGUGGAUAAGAGGUGGGAUUUAAAGGAAGCAGUAGAGAAAAUCCUGGAGGUGAAGCAGAGGGAUGAUGACCCAGAGAAUUUUUUUACAUCUUUUGCUAGUGAAGCAGACAUGAUGUCUUCAACAUAA